GCGAUAUGUGUUGUGUUUAUGGAGUUGCUAUCGCGCGCGCUGUGUAGCAGGCAUCUACGUCCGCCAGUUUUACGUAUAUUACAACGAAUAGCACAAUCAUAUAUUAAUAGUGUAAUGUGAACAUUCUUCUGCUUGGAGGUGCAGGCUAUUCUAUAUAAAUAUUAGUCUGUCGUUUACUGUAUUUAUCGUGCACCGAGGUGUGAUUAAUGUUAGCCCGCUUUCUUUUUUCGUGUUAGCAUUUUCACGAUUUCAUUUUAUCAAACUCUUCGGAAAAAGUAAUUCACCAUGGGCUACUUAAAGUUAAUAGAGAUCGAAAACUUUAAGUCUUACAAAGGCAGACAGAUAAUCGGGCCUUUCCACAAGUUUACAGCGAUUAUUGGGCCGAAUGGAUCAGGCAAAUCAAAUCUGAUGGAUGCUAUCAGCUUUGUUCUGGCAGAAAAGACCAGUAACUUGCGUGUGAAGACACUGAAGGAUUUGAUUCAUGGAGCUCCAGUGGGCAAACCUGCAGCUAACCGAGCAUUUGUGACCAUGAUGUACCAGCAGGACAAUGGACAGGAGCUUUCCUUUUCCAGAAUCAUCAUAGGUUCCUCAUCAGAGUACCGCAUCAAUAAUAAAGUGGUGGGUCUGUCUGAAUACAGUGAUGAACUGGAGAAACUGGGAAUCCUCAUCAAGGCCAGAAACUUCCUUGUCUUUCAGGGUGCAGUUGAGUCAAUUGCCAUGAAAAACCCCAAAGAGAGAACUGCUCUGUUUGAAGAGAUUUCUCGUUCUGGAGAGCUUGCUCAAGAGUACGACAGAUGCAAGAAAGAAAUGGUAAAGGCUGAGGAGGACACACAGUUUAACUACCAUCGCAAGAAAAACAUUGCUGCUGAGCGAAAAGAAGCCAAGCAGGAGAAAGAAGAGGCGGAGCGCUACCAGCGGCUAAAGGAUGAGGUGGUGCGUGCUCAUGUACAGUUACAGCUCUUUAAACUGUACCACAAUGAAUCAGAGAUUGAAAAACUGAACCGAGAGCUGGCCCACCGCAACAAAGAGAUUGAUAAAGACAGGAAACGCAUGGACCGUGUGGAGGAGGAGCUGAAAGAGAAGAAGAAAGAGCUGGGCAGAAUGAUGAGAGACCAACAGAUGAUUGAGAAAGAGAUCAAGGAGAAGGAUGCAGAGCUCAAUCAGAAGAGGCCUCUGUACAUUAAAGCCAAGGAGAACACUGCUCACAAGAUCAAGAAACUAGAAGCUGCCCGUAAAUCACUGCAGAAUGCCCAGAAAUGCUACAAAAAACGCAAGGCAGACAUGGAGGAGCUAGACCGUGAGCAGGGGGCGGUGGAGAUGGCCAGACAGGAGUUUGAAGAGCGAAUGGAGGAGGAGGCUCAAAGUCAGGGACAAGAUCUACAGCUGGAGGAGAACCAGGUCAAGGCAUAUCACCGUCUGAAGGAAGAGGCAAGUAAGCGAGCUGCUACACUGGCUCAAGAGCUAGAGAAAUUCAACAGAGACCAAAAAGCUGACCAGGACCGUCUUGACCUAGAGGAGAGGAAGAAAAUAGAAACAGAGGCCAAGAUCAAACAGAAGAUCAGAGAGAUCGAGGAGAACCAGAAACGCAUUGAGAAGCUGGAGGACUACAUCACCACCAGCAGACAGUCUCUGGAUGAGCAGAAGAGGAUGGAGGAGGAGCUCACAGAAGAGGUGGAACAGGCCAAACGAAGAAUAGAUGAGAUCAACAUGGAGCUUAACCAGGUGAUGGAGCAGCUGGGAGAUGCUCGUAUUGACAGACAGGAGAACAGCAGGCAGCAGCGUAAGGCUGAAAUCCUGGAGAGUAUCAAGAGGCUGUAUCCUGGAUCAGUGUACGGGAGACUGAUUGACCUGUGCCAGCCCACGCAGAAGAAAUAUCAGAUUGCUGUUACUAAAGUUCUGGGCAAAAACAUGGAUGCCAUCAUUGUAGACUCUGAGAAGACAGGUCGUGACUGUAUCCAGUACAUAAAAGAGCAGCGUGGAGAACCCGAAACCUUCCUGCCUCUGGACUACCUGGAGGUCAAGCCCACAGAUGAGAAAUUGCGUGAGCUGCGUGGUGCUAAAUUGGUGAUUGAUGUAAUUCGAUACGAGCCACCACAGAUUAAGAAAGCCCUGCAGUAUGCCUGUGGAAAUGCCCUGGUCUGUGAGAAUGUGGAGGACGCUCGCAGGAUUGCCUUUGGAGGACCAUACAGACACAAGACUGUGGCUCUAGAUGGAACAUUAUUCCAGAAGUCUGGAGUGAUCUCCGGAGGUGCCAGUGAUCUGAAGGCCAAAGCUCGGCGCUGGGAUGAGAAGGCUGUUGAUAAACUGAAAGACAGAAAGGAAAAGCUCACAGAUGAGCUAAAAGAGCAAAUGAAGGCAAAGAGAAAAGAGGCAGAGCUGCGUCAGGUCCAGUCUCAAGCUCAUGGUUUGCAGAUGAGACUCAAAUACUCUCAGAGUGAUCUGGAGCAAACCAAGACCAGACACCUGUCUCUUAACAUGCAGGAAAAGUCAAAGCUGGAGAGUGAACUUGCUAACUUUAGUCCACGCAUUAAUGACAUCAAGAGAAUCAUCCAGUCUAGAGAGAGAGAUAUGAAAGACCUGAAAGACCGCAUGAACUUGGUGGAGGAUGAGGUGUUUGUAGAGUUCUGUAAAGAAAUUGGAGUUCGUAACAUUCGUGAAUUUGAAGAAGAGAAAGUCAAGAGACAGAAUGAGAUUGCAAAAAAACGCCUGGAGUUUGAGACUCAGAAGACUCGUCUGGCUAUCCAGCUGGAUUAUGAGAAGAACCAGCUGAAGGAAGACCAGGAGAAGGUGAUCAUGUGGGAACAGACAGUCAAGAAAGAUGAGAAUGAGAUAGAGAAACUCAAGAAGGAAGAGCAAAGGAACAUGAAGAUCAUUGAUGAAACCAUGGCACAGCUGCAGGAUCUGAAAAACCAGCAUCUGGCCAAGAAAUCUGAGGUUAAUGAUAAAAACCAUGAAAUGGAGGAGAUCCGCAAGAAGCUGGGGGGUGCCAACAAGGAGUUGACGCAGCUGCAGAAGGAGGUGACAGCCAUUGAGACCAAGCUGGAGCAAAAACGCAGUGACAGACACAAUCUAUUGCAGGCUUGUAAGAUGCAGGACAUCAAACUUCCCCUCCGGUCAGGAACUAUGGAUGACAUCAGCCAGGAAGAGGGCAGUUCUCAGGCUGAGGAGAGCCUCAGCAGCAGUCAAAAGACAUCUAGCACUGUUCUAGCCAAGGAAGCUCUUAUCGAGAUUGACUACAGCAGCUUGUCAGAGGACCUAAAAGACUCACUGUCCGAAGAGGAGAUCAAGGGGGAGAUGAACACAUUACAACAGAGACUCAAUGAGCAGCAGAGCAUCCUGCAGAGGAUCAGUGCUCCCAACAUGAAAGCCAUGGAGAAACUAGAGAGCGUUAGAGACAAAUUUCAGGAAACCAGUGAUGAGUUUGAAGCUGCCAGGAAGAGGGCGAAGAAAGCCAAGCAAGCGUUUGAACAGAUUAAGAAGGAGAGAUUUGACCGUUUCAAUGCCUGCUUUGAGUCUGUGGCCACCAACAUUGAUGAGAUAUAUAAAGCUCUGUCCCGCAACAGCAGUGCCCAGGCGUUUCUGGGGCCUGAGAACCCAGAGGAGCCAUACCUGGAUGGUAUCAACUACAACUGUGUAGCCCCAGGUAAACGUUUCAGGCCCAUGGACAACCUGUCUGGAGGAGAAAAAACUGUGGCGGCUCUAGCCUUACUGUUUGCCAUUCACAGCUAUAAGCCUGCGCCCUUCUUUGUGCUGGAUGAGAUUGAUGCGGCACUGGACAAUACCAACAUUGGCAAGGUUGCAAACUACAUCAAGGAUCAGUCAGUGCAGAACUUCCAGGCUAUAGUGAUCUCCCUCAAAGAGGAGUUUUACACUAAAGCAGACUCCCUGAUCGGAGUCUAUCCAGAGCAAGGAGACUGCGUCAUCAGCAAAGUCCUGACCUUUGACCUCUCUCAGUAUCCAGAUGCCAAUCCCAAUCCCAAUGAAUGAGACAUUACUCGCAUACAUAUAAACAUUUGUCUAUUUAAUGUAGUUUUCAAAGAUCAGCUUUGCUUUUUUACUCCUCAGCAUUUACACAUUAUAGUCUCUUGCUGGAUUUAAAUAUAGUUCGUUAUGAUUUUUUUUUUUCGCACUUGCUUAGGACAAAAUGUGUUUUUGUUAGUCCUUUUUGGCAAUCAUGUAAUUUUAAGGAAUCCAUUGAAACUAGAUUAGUAUGACUUUUCUAACAAUUUUAACUCUGCAUAAUUGGCUUUAAAGUGUACAACUUCACAAUAGAGGUCAUGUACUAAAACCUGCAGUUUAACUGAUUGUUUUUGUUGAUUGGUAAAAGUUUUAUUACCACUUUUGUAUUGACUGUAUUUGUCCUGUAUUUGUCCUUUUUAGUAUGGUAAGUUUUAACUAAUUUUCUCUCAGAAAAUAAACUCUGCUUUUCAAUA